UCGUUUCAGCUCUCCGUUUAUUACGUCUUGCAGGGAUGAAAGCUGCGGCUGCAGAGGAGUUCUUGGUUCUGCCAUGGCCCAGCAACAGCGGCGGCGGGUCAGAGCCUGGGCCCGGAGGGGAAGGUUAUGGAGCUGUGCUGUUGAAGUGUGGAGCUGCUGUGGGAGUCACUCUGAUCUGUGUGGUCGUGCUCAGGAAAUGGAUUUCAGGAGGAGUGUGUCGAUGUUCCGUCCGGCUGGACGGAAAGACUGUUCUUGUGACCGGAGCAAACACAGGCAUUGGUAAAGAGACCUGCAGAGACCUGGCUGGGAGAGGAGCCCGGGUGGUGAUGGCGUGCAGGGAUCUGACCCGGGCGGAACGAGCGGCAGAGGAGGUCCGGCACUCAACAGGAAAUGGCAACGUGGUGAUCAGACACCUUGACCUUGCCUCUGUUUAUUCGGUCUCCCAGUUUGCCAAGGACUUCCUGGACAGUGAGGAAAGAUUGGACAUCCUGAUUAACAAUGCAGGUGUGAUGAUGUGUCCCAGGUGGAUCACUGAAGAUGGCUUUGAGACUCAGCUGGCUGUCAAUCAUCUUGGUCACUUCCUGUUGACAAAUCUUCUGCUGCCAUUGCUUAAAAGCUCCGUCCCCAGCCGUGUGAUCAACGUGUCAUCCAUCGCCCACCAGGGGGGUAUGUCCUUUGAACUAAGCCUCUUAAAUGUUUAUGUGAUGUUUUUGAUCCCUGCAGAUGGUGAUUGUUCUGUGUUCUGGUUCUCAGGUCGUAUCGAUUUUGAUGACCUAUUCUUCAGCAGAAGACCAUACAGCGCCCUGGAGAGCUACAGACAGAGCAAGCUGGCCAACGUCCUGUUCACCCGGGAACUGGCCCGUCGGCUCAAAGGCUCCGGCGUGUCGGCGUUCUGUCUCCACCCCGGGGUGAUCCGGACAGAACUCAGUCGCCAUGUAGAGGGCUGGUUCCCUCUGCUGGGAGCACUGCUGAGGAUUCCUGCUUGGCUGCUAAUGAAGACCCCAAAAGAGGGCAGCCAGACCACCGUGUUCUGUGCCGUGACGCCGGGCCUCGAGGAACUAUCGGGCAAAUACUUCUGCGACUGUGCAGAGAAGGAGGUGGCACCGGAAGGUCGGGAUGAUGAAGCAGCCCAGAGGCUGUGGGAGGAGAGCGCUCGAUUGGUCAGACUGAACGACACAAACUGACCUCUGAUGUGCAGAGAUAGAAAAUUAAAGAGAUGGCAGCAGCACCCCCUUCUGGACAAAGGCAAGAAGGGAUGAGCAUUUCCCUCAGGUGCUGACAAGGAAUCCUAGUUCUCCAUCUGCUUGGAGCGGAGCAGCAGCACUGCAACAGGACAGUUUCCCUAUACUUUUUUUUUUUUAACCAAAGAUUUAUUGUGAUGAGAAACCAUCUUGUCCUGCUCCCGCUUUGACUGUUUGACCUAAAACAGGUUGACCAAUCACAUUGUAGUAUGAUGGUUUCAGGAGGAAAAGCGUAUAUCUACUACUGUCAUAUGAGUUUAAGUACUAACUGGUUGCUGCUAUGGCGAUAGAGUACAUAUACCAGCCGUCGCAGGUUCGAGUCCGAGCCUGCCAACUGUCAUUGAAUGCCUCUCCCCACUCUUGUAACACGCUUUCCUGUCUGCAUACUGUCAAAUAAAGGCCGCUUGUGCUGAA